AUGAAUGUCGUCGUAUCAUCUGAUCGUUCAUUAUCAAAGCCAAAAAUUAAAGUUGCAUCAGAAGAAGAACGAUCUUUUGAGAAAUUUUCACCAGAAAUAGAUUUUAAAACAGGUAAAUCAAGCAGUUUGACAUAUUUUCGUGUUGCAUUGGUUGGUGAACCUGGUUCAGAGAAAAAUAAUGUUCGUCGAGCUUAUGUUCAAUUAAUGUCAAAUCGGAACAAUCAGUUUAAAGCUGAAAAAGCAUUGAAAGGCGAUAUAUCUGAACGAAUUGAUGUACUCGAUUCAAAUGUUAUCACUGUUCAGGGAUUUCAGCUUGAAUUGAUGUGUGCAGGACGGAUUGAUGAUUUUAAACGAAUUCCAUUGAUGAUCCGAUGUAGUCAUCUGGAUGCUAUCAUUAUUUUUUAUCAUAUCAGUAGCUUGCGACAAUUUGAAAGCAUCCAUCAAAUGUGGGUUCCUACUGUUAGAUGUCUCUAUCGUAAUACACCGUUCAUUAUUUGCGCAACAGGUAUCGAAGCACGGCUACCACGUGAUGUCCGUCAAUUGCUAUUUCGAAAACAGCUUGGUGAUAUUGAAGUUGACACAACGACGAAAUCACCGUAUAAACCAAGAAAUCAAUUUAAAAAAACGGAUAACAAAGAUCCGCGAACAUUUCAAAGCUUAAUUACAACAAAAAUCGGCCAAAGUUUAGCUACGGAACUGAAAGCCUCAUAUUACUGUGAAGUGUCCACUAAAACCUACGAAGGAAUUGAAGAUUUAUUCAACGAUGUUUUAGCUGCAAUUAUAUCGUCGCAGCAAUCAAAAAUUUGUUUGACUCGAAAUCGUGUUGGGAGGCCACGACCAAAAGAUGCUUGUGAAAUUAUGUGA